AAGUAUUAUAUAUUUAAUGUAAUAUUUUAUAGCCUGGUGUGUGUAGUCAUGGUUUAAGAUGAAAGCAUUGGAAAUAAAAGGAAAUUUCAGACUUCAUACUGACAUUACAUAUUUUAUAUGUCAGGGAUUCCUGUCCUUUGUAGAAAACUCAUCUUCAGGACAGUUUAUGUCAUGGCCAAGUUUAUUACCACAGUAAUAUAGUUUAUGCGUAGCUUGUUAAAUUAUUGUUACACACUUAACAUACAGGUGUCUUUCAGAUUGCAAAAGAUAGUAGUCUUUUUCUGAUUUUCAUUUCAGAAAAUGUAUGCAUAUCCCUCUUUUCAACGCCAAUCGGCAACAUCAAGCCGACUCCUCAUGGCGCCUUCGGCGGAGGCGAAGCGCCUUGAAAAUUUGGAGUCUGGAAGGGCCAAACCUAAGGAGGAGGUGCUGUCAGAGGCCAGUACUUUUGUCAGCACGAACGGUGGAGACCCCAGUGACCAGUUUUUAGUACUGGCUCACUGCAAACUUCAGUUUGGGAAGUACCAGGGCCAGAGAUUUAGAUGGCUCCUGGAAAACUCUCUGGGGUAUGCCGUGUAUUUGGUGCUCAGCAUUUCCACUGAGACAGCGCAGACAACACCCCUGUCACAAAAUAAACAACUGUUCCUACAGUACACUUCUCAAAUUAGAGAGAUGGCAGAAGAAGUGGAAAAGUAUCAGAGGAAGCAGGAAAUGCAGGCAGAAGCCCGGGCAACUGGAGACCAGGGCUGCUUGAUGGUGGAGUUUGGUGACUUCCAGGGCCGCUCCAUGAAAGAUGUUUAUGAGGACCAGAGCAAGGAGGCUCAAGCCCUCAUCAGGUACCUCAUUAAGGCAGAUGCCAGGCCCAAAACCAACAUGGCCAUUUUCAAGACAUAUGUCCUGAAAAGACGGGCUUCUGCUGUGGUCACCAGCGUACGUCAGCCUGCACCUCACGCUGCAACCUCCAGUGCUUCUGCAACCACUGCACCUCCACCUGCACCUAUCCAAACUGGUGUACAGAAGACCGCAACUGUGAAAGCGCUGUUGGCGCGUGGCAAAAAUUUGUCUCCUUCACAGCUGGCGAAAAAACUCACGUCACCAGUUAAACCCUAUCCAUUAUUGCAGUCCACUUUACCUCCUCCAGCAGCAGAACCCCCAGCCAAACAUUUGACCCCGAUACAGCUUUUCGCUACUGGCAAGUCCGUUCCCACUGCUGAAGAUGACGAUGAGGAGCUGGUAUUUGCUGCAUCACAAUGUGAAGCACAGCUAAAUACAGAAUUAUGUCAUGUCAUGCCUCAAGCGGGAUGCUUUCUUGAGUGCACUUCUUCAAAACCAGGACUGUGCUGCUCCAUCUCCAUCAGUGGAAACUGCCAAGGCACCAGCUCCUUCACAUCACCGGCCACCAGCUGAGCUUCCAAGUCACUGGAAAGAUCAACUUCCACCUUUCCAGCAUGAGUGGAUCCGGAACACACUGUUUAAGGCCAACCCACGAACCGGCAAGCCAGAACUAGUGUCCCAGCUGAAACUUUGGUGGUAUCCUCCUCAGCCCCCUUUAAUAAACACUCAGCCCCCUGCCUCACCAGACCUCUUCUUCUGUCGGCCCCUUUUCUUAUGGAUGCCGCUGAAGAUGUGGUUAUUUCCUCUCGUCUGUGUUCGCCCAGACUGUGGUAGGCACAGACUAACUGCGGCAGGAAUUUACCGUACCGUGCGUAAGGUCUUGGACAUCGACGGGUGGUAUGACCUUGCCACUGAGUAUCUGGAGUGCAAACGCUGCAAAAAGAAAUAUCCUGCCUGGUCCGAGGACAUCCUAGGACAGCUGGAUAUGGGCCACCGCAGUCAGUUUCCAGCUUUGCUGACAUACAGAUACUCAUGUGACAACCGGGUGCUGAGGAUGAUGAGGGAGAGGACACUGGGCAACAGUGUGACUCAGCUUUACAGGAAGCUGAUGGAACAGCACAGUGAGGCAUGGACACAGCGUGUCUUGCAGUACCUG